AGUUGUUUAUGUAAUUGUGAACAGCUGUGCGAGAAGCAUACUGGAAUCAUGUUAAAUCUAACUCUACGACGAUUCGCUGGAGCUUUCUCCCAAAACCUGACUCAACUGGCCCCCACGAUCAGCAGCUUGGGACAGACCCUCUCCAAAGCCACCAUGUCACAGGAGGCGGGUCAGUAUCCGCCCAUCGAGUUCGCCAUGCGAAAGGCAUUAACCACGGAGCUGAAGCCGGUAUUCCUGGAGGUUAUCAACGAAUCGCCCCAGCACAACGUGCCCAAGCAUUCGGAGUCCCACUUCCGAGUCUUCAUCGUCUCAGAAAAGUUCAACGAUCUGACCCUUAUCAAGCGCCACCGACUUGUGAAUGAUACGGUGAAGAAUGCCCUGAAGGCAGCCGGUUUCGAGUUCAUGCACGCUCUGUCCAUCGAGGCCAAGACGCCCAAGCAAUGGGAGCCGGAACAGGAGCCGGAGAAGAGUCCGCCGUGCAUGGGAGGCCACGGCAAGUAAACCCAGAGGAAUGAGAACCCAAUUCUAUGUACAAAGGACCUACUUUACUACUCACAAAACCAGCUUAAGCAAAUACAACAGAAUCACUAAUGGAAAA